GUGGCAUUCCAUUCUGCUGCUUUCCAUGGGGCAGCCGCCGCCCGCCAGCGAAGCCCCCUGCACACGUUUGACUCCCCCGGCUCACCCGCCACAUGCAGUCCAUCCUCAACCAUCUCCACCAUUAAUCCAAUCCCUCCUCGCUAAUCUUAAAUUUCUUAAUUAAAUCCACCCUCCUCUUAAUGGCCUUCCUCUUUUUCGUUGCCCCACUUCACACCUUUAAUUACAAAAUACUGCAACCCCUUCUCCUCCUCCUCCCCCCUCCCUUUGCUUCCCCUUUACUCCCCCCCUCUCUCCUUCAUGUACGCAGGUGCGCGCCGUGCUGGGUUUGCCGGUUUCUCCUCUUUCGCCACGGAGCAAAAGCCGCUCGCCCUUGUCCAGGCUCCGCAUUCCGGCGCCACUGCCAGCAAGCCGGAACAGUAAGGCGCCUGGCCUCUCUCCAGUUCUGACUGAGGCCUGAGGGCGCGCAUAGGGGAGCUCGUCAUGGAGUUCUCCUUCAAUGGGGUUUGAUGCGAGGUGCUGGUGCUGCCAAGGUAAAUAAAGCGGUUGGGAUAAGUUUGUAAAUUGCUUUGUCAAACCAGGACAAGGUUCUGAAUCAGGGGCAGGCAACCUCUCGCGUAGCCUGUUCAUCUUCAUCAGACAGGCCCAAGGAUAUGUCGUCGUCCAACAACUCUGUCAGCGCGGCGCUGUCAGGAACGACGCCCGUGUUCCGGCUGAGAGUAUGGCAGCUGAUUGCCAUCGCCGUCGGGAUAGUCAUGGCGAUCCUGCUCGUCAUUGCGUUGUGCCUUUCGCUGCGGAGGAAAAAGAAGACAGUGAAAGGGUUCGACAACACUUCGCUGGCCGAGAUCCCGAUCGUCUCCAAGGAGAUCAACGUCGACAGAGUCGAUGCGCAGAGCCUACAUGACGGUGAAGCGCCCUUCAUGCCGGUGCAGGAUAAGUACUCGCAGACCAAAGGCGCAGGGCAGCUGGGAGGGCGUAGAUCCGUCGACGUCGACGCGUUCAGCCAGUGCAGCUCGGUGUACAACAUAGAGAAGGCCGGGAGCUCGUACUCCGAAGAUUACAGCUACAGCAGCUCCGGUCCGGCUAGGAAAGGCAGCUCACCGUAUGCGUAUUCAGCGUCGCCGCUGGUUGGCCUGCCUGAGCUGUCGCAUCUAGGCUGGGGCCACUGGUUUACCUUGAGGGACCUGGAGUGCGCCACGAACCGGUUUGCGAAGAGCAAUGUUCUUGGGGAGGGUGGCUACGGAGUUGUCUACAAGGGCCGUCUGGUGAAUGGGACUGAGAUCGCCGUGAAGAAGAUCCUUAAUAAUGUGGGGCAGGCAGAGAAGGAAUUCAGAGUUGAAGUUGAAGCCAUCGGUCAUGUUCGGCACAAGAAUCUGGUCCGCCUUCUGGGAUAUUGCGUGGAAGGGAUACAUAGGAUGCUUGUCUACGAGUAUGUUAAUAAUGGCAACCUGGAACAAUGGCUUCAUGGCGUGAAUCAACACGGUGUCCUUAGUUGGGAAAACCGUAUGAAAAUUCUCCUUGGCACUGCAAAAGCUCUCGCGUACCUUCAUGAGGCCAUAGACCCCAAAGUUGUGCACAGAGACAUCAAGUCAAGUAAUAUCUUAAUCGACGAUGAAUUCAACAGCAAGGUUUCUGAUUUUGGGUUGGCUAAACUUCUGAAUUCUGACAAAAGUCAUAUCAAUACAAGAGUUAUGGGAACAUAUGGGUAUGUAGCACCUGAGUACGCAAAUAGUGGGAUGCUAAAUGAAAAAAGUGACAUAUACAGUUUUGGAGUGGUGUUGUUAGAAUGUGUGACAGCUAGGGAUCCAGUUGAUUACAGUAAGCCUGCAGAUGAGGUGAAUCUCAUAGAGUGGCUUAAGAUGAUGGUUACCAGUAAGAGGGCAGAGGAGGUAGUGGAUCCAAACCUCGAUGUUAAGCCACCAAAACGUGCCCUUAAGCGGGCAAUCCUGGUUGGCUUCAAGUGCGUUGAUCCUGAUGCUGACAAGAGGCCAAAGAUGAGUCACGUUGUCCAGAUGCUUGAAUCCGUUCAGAACGCAUACCAUCAAGAUCAAAGAAAGCUCAGCCAGGUGGGAAGCAUAGAUAUCGAGUCGCAGCAGUCGCUAGAGGAGACUUCAAACAGUGCUGAUGCCUGAACCUCUCCGAUUCUGAACAAGCACUGGAAUCAUCUGAUAGCAACAUUGAAUUGAUCGUUGCUCGGUACUUUAUAGAGUGAGUGGAUCAGGCUUACAGUUUGCAUAUACUGGAGGAGGAGGUGGUUAAAAUCAAUCAGUAGCAAGUUGUUCAUUCCGUUUUUUUACCCAUUUUUCCGGGUGUGCUUCUAUACUCCCCUAAAAGGUUCAUCUCUUUUACCCUUAGGAUAUGUAUAGUUUUCCUUUUGGGAGAGCAUAGAAGCACCUUCAUCUUCUUCUUCUUUUUCGUUUGAGUUGCCAGGAGCGACUAACCUCAGGCAUAGUCACUGGAUUUCAUUACCCGUGUGUAGCGGCUUUAUGGAAACUCACUGUUACCCUAUAUGAAAACAUGAAAUUUCCUGCUGUGAAGCGCUGACAUCUGAA